CUACACAAGGGCAAGGUUGGUGUCAUCGUCGUCAUGAGUGCAUUCGGCAGGUACCUUAAUGCUGGAUCGAACAACGAUGCCAAGGCUAGCGCCACUGGAUUUGCAUCUGCGAUCGGCCCACCCUCGGGAUCCACGGCGUCGGCAGCCGUGUCUCGCCUGGGGGGCAUCCUCUCGGCCGCGUCAAAGCUCGGGUCGACGUUGGGUGUGUCCGCGGCCGCCCCCGGUCCUGUUCCAAAGCAGCAGCCGGAAAAGGUGAACCGUGACGGCCAAAUGUCGGAGUAUGUGUACGAGUACGACCGGGUGGACGGGACUGUGCUUCGACCGAGCAUCGAUCCAAAGCGAUACGGUGACGACCGCGCCGUGGUCGGUGUCGGCGACGACGUGUUUCCGACGAUCGCAUUGGACGACGAGUGCGAAUGGACCAGCGCGUGGGAAGUGGACAUGUCCAACUGGGCCAGUGUCGACAAGGACGGGUGGACGUACGGCGCAGACUGGACGGACGUGUUGAAACUCUCGCGCGACGAACUCUCGCAUGCCACCAAGCAUCCCAACGAUUGCGUGCGUCGGCGGAGGCACAUUCGUUACUGGAAGCGCCGCGACGACAACUCCGCCGAAGGAGGCGAUGCCGCGAACGACGCGUGGAGUGGCGACGCUGACACCACACUCAUGGACGAAGACAACGAUGACCCGUUCUCCCGCACCGCGCAGAAGAAGCAGUCUGGGUUCCGCUUUGCCGCGCGCGCCGGCAAGGACUUCACCAAGGACUACAACAACAUUGGCGACUUGAACUCGUUGUCGUGGCUUGUGAAUGCCAGCGAAACGAGUGCAGCGCCGACCGACGAAGCUAUCCGUGAAAAGACGGCCAACCUCGAAGAACGCAUUAAAGAAGCAUCGGAAAAGUCGGCGGCGCAAGAACAAGCGCUGCGGCUGAAACAUCAGAAGAAAGCAAAGGAAGUGGCUCUGCAGCAGCGAAAACUCGCGCUUCUCAUCGACCAAUAUCGUAAAGUGAAGGCGGAGCACGACGUGUUGCAGACGAACGCGGUGGAACUGACCCGCGUGGUCGAGAAACUUCGCAAAGAAGCGACGGAGAAGGAUAUCUUGGCGAACGACGACCAACGAGCUAUCAACGCGGAAAUGCAAGCGGCCAAUCAAGCAUUGGAAGAAAAGGCCAAGGCUUUGGCGACCGCGCGUAUUCGCUACAAGCGCGACAACAAGUCGCUGACGGCGGCGAUCCAGGCGGCCAAGCUGCGGCUGGAGCAGCAGGAGCAAGCCGCGGCCGCGGGCACGGCGCAGGACCCCGCGGCCAAGGAGCUCGAGGAGAUGGUGGACAAGCUGACGAAAUUGCAUGCCAAGGUGGACGCUGUCAAGCAGCAUCGGCUCGCGAUCGAAGAAGAGCGCAAGGAAAUGUUCAACCAGGUCGUCGAGAAGAAGUCGGAUCUGCGUCUGCAGUCCAAGCUCAAGGUGGAAACGUCGUUGGCAGACGUGGAUUCCAAGCUCUCGUCGCUCAAGUCGGAGCAAGAGAACGUGAUCAAGUCGUUUGCGACCAAGCCCGUACGAGUGUGACUCUGUCACAGAUAUGACUGGAUGUUUUGUAAUUAGGAGGGCAAAGUUCUGGAGCAGCUCAACAAGCGCCGCAACGAAAUCCGAAACGAAAUGUCGGCACUCAAAGAACGCCGCAUGGAACUCACAGUCAAGCAGCGUCAAGUCGAGCUGUAAGACACACGUGAUAACAGUUGGUUUUGCAUGUUCACCAAAGACUUGGGCAUUUGGGAGGCAAACAAUGACAAUAACAGCAUACUACUGUACAUAUGUACAUCAUACUACAGUAGUAAGUACCCUUCAUCGUCAAUCAUCCUGUGGCGCGUCCGUGUCGUGCACCCAAC